GGGUGGCGGCGGCGGGCGGGCGCAGCGGCGAGAUGCCUCACGCGCGGCCGGAAGAGGCUCUGCCCCGCCCGGGCUGCCCGAGGGAGGCGGGUCCGGCUCCGGGCGGCCCCCUGGACCUCUUGGAGCAGCGCUGGCAGCAGGUGAUGGCGCAGCAGCUGGAGGAGCCGCUGCCCUACCUUGUCCACGAAGCCAACGCGGAGGCGGGACUGAUUUGCUCAGACGUGGACGACAGACCUUGCUGGUUCUGUGAGGCCUCAGCCAGUGAAGACUACAGUGACGACGACUGGGGGAGCGACGAGGAGGAACUGGAGGAAGAGAGGGCCCAGAAUGGCAGCCCAGCCACAUUCUGUGGCUUUAAGAAAUCCUUCCUUUGCAAGCCUUCUGCCUUUGCCCCGCCAGCAAGCGGCAGUCAAGACAGCCCUCUGCUGGGCAUUUCUCUGCCCCGGAAGCAGCAGCUCACAGCUGAGGAAGCAGCGAGGAACGGAGCAGAGUUGGUGGCCGAAGAGGAGCGCAUCAAGAAGAAGGCUGAGAAGAAGAGGAUGAAGAAGAAGAGGCAGAAGGACCGGAAGAAGCAGGAGAAGCGAGACCAGGAGCUGAUGGCCAAGAGCAUAGCUCAGGCAGACGAGUAUUUGAACCGCAGCGGCGUGCAAGGUUGUGACUGCCUGGCUGCCAUUCCGAGUGCCUUGGGACCUGCCCUUCCCAAUUCGGAGGAGAGCUCCACCCAGGACCUCAGUGAGAACAUGGCCUCCCCGGGCAGGAGUCCCAGCAGGAGCACAGAGGAGGAAACGGAGGAGGAGCUGGAUCUGACCAGCACUUUCGUCUCGAAAGCUCGCCUCAAGGUGGGCUCCAAGGCCCCCCCACAGCCGCUGCCGAGAAAGGAGAAGGCAGCCCAACCUGGCAGAAAGGAGUCCGAGGUGAAAGAGCAGCAGCAGGUUCCGAAGUCUGGGCUCCAGAUGACUCCUGUGGAGCAGAGCAUGGUUCUGGCAGAUUGUGGCAACGAGACUGCCAAGCAGGGGGGCUACCAGGAGGCUGUGCUCCUGUUCACAGAAGCCGUCAAGCUCAACCCACGGGAAUACAGGUUCUUUGGGAAUCGCUCCUUCUGCUACGAGAGGCUGCGGUGCUACGCGGAGGCCUUGCGCGAUGCCCAGGUUGCCCUCAGCCUGCACCCUGGCUGGCCCAAAGGCCUCUUCCGCAAGGGCAAGGCCCUGAUGGGCCUCAAGCGUUACGCAGAGGCCGUGAGAACCUUCGAGGAGCUCCUGCACUUUGACGGCUUCCGUGGAGACGCUGCCAUCCAGCUGGAGAAGUGUCGGGUUCAGCUCCUGCUGGAAAACGGUUUUGGCCACUACCCUCCCGAGUGGAACGUCCGUGCCAGAGAAGCCUCCUCGCUCCCGGCUGGUGAGCAGUCAGGUGGGCAACCCGUCAGAAGCAUCUCCCAGGCUGGAGGGCACCUGGCAUCUCUCACCAUCACCAACUCUCAGGGCAAAGGGCUGCCGCCAUUAGCUGUGCAGGCCCCAGUCAGGGAGAGGUUUCCCGUGUGGGUGGGGAACCUGACGGCCACAGUCACCCAGGAGGUCCUGCUGCGCUACUUCCAGCCGUUUGGGCCCAUUGACUCCAUCCGCUGCCUCCCGCGAAGGUUCUGCGCCUUCGUCAACUACGCCUGCAGGGAAGCAGCCGAGAAGGCCUAUGUGGCGUUGCAGGGCGCGGAAGUCGAAGGCUGCCACCUUGUCCUGCAGCUGAAGCACCCGGUGCACGCCACUCCACCCCUUGUCAAGGCCCCUGGCGGCGGCAGGCAACACCUCUGAAGCGGGAGACUCCUCCGCCGCCUCCCGCCUUCCUGAGCUCCUCCUGGCUGCGCGGCCUCGGGCACCUCCCUCAGCGAAACGCCUCGGCGGAGAAGUUGCUGGGCUUGCAACCUGAGAUGCCGCCUGGGCCCCUUGCGGCUGAAGAUGGGGGGACAGGCCUGUCCGCUGCACCCUUCCUGCGGGUCGGGGACGGACGGACGGCGACUGGCGAUGGAGGGCGCAAGCGCAGUUGCCUGUGGGAGCCCCCCCAGGCACGUGGGACUGCUGGCUCAGCUACGGCCUCUGCAACUGGCCAUUCAAUCUCCCCUCUGCCCUCCCUUUGGCUUCUGACGUUCUCCAGCUGACGAGACCGGAUGCAGAUCCGGGAAAGGGAGGCCAAGGAGUGGGGCAGGGGGCUCUGCCCUCCUGUUGCUCUGGGCAGCCCUUCCUUCUCCAAAGCAGGUCUCUGCCCCCACCGUCUGUGGAAUGAUGCACCUGCAGUAGGGCAAGCAGCUGCCUCUUCAGCCCCCCACCCCCCCAUACUCUACUGCCUCUGUGGGGCUUAAGUCCUCUUCUGCUACUGUUCCUUUUUGC